CUCUCUCUCUCUCUCUCUCAUAAUUUUGUUAACCACCACCACCACCACCACCACCACCACUCCACCUCAACCCAUUCUUCACACAUUAAUCAUUCUUAUUAAUAAUCCCUUCCACUCUUACCAAAUUCAUUUCGAAAAAGAAGUAAUUAGUUCACAAUAUGUCUUUUGAGUGUCAUCAUGAGAGGAAACCUUUGCUCUAUGCUGAUUUAUUUAAACGCGUCGGCAACGUAAAUACGGUGGUGCAAAAAGAAGAAGCGAACAUGAUAACAUCUAAGCCGCUGCAAGGUUUAAGUUCGAGUUCGAGUUCGAGCUCAAAUCAGUUGUCCUAUAGUGACUCGUCUUCUUCGGGCUUCAGCACGCCCUUGUAUUCCGAUUCAAGCGACGACGGAGAUUUCGUUGCCGAGUUGAGUCGCCAGAUGGCUGAGUGUAUGCUUCAAGAUGAAGAAGAAGAAGAAGAACAAGUAAAAGAAAACACUAUUGCCAAUUAUAUUUCUGAGAAUUCGGAUGUUUAUGAGUUGAAGAAUCAGGCGCCAAUUACGAAAGAGGGCACUGUUUAUAGGAGUAGACGAGUCAAAGGAACUGAGUCAGCUCAGCAGAAACAACAAGUUGAGAAAACAGAGCAGCAUUUUAUGCAAUAUAGAGGCAAAGGAUGGGUGGGAGUUGGACAUGGCAGAAACGGGCAAUUCGGGUCGGGUAUGCAGGCUGUUUUUCUUGGUGGAUCCGGGUCCGUAUCUGGAUCUUCAGGAACCGGAGUUUUUUUGCCCCGUGACUCCACUGAACCCAAGAAGAAAUCAGGUUGUUCAAUGGUUCUGAUGCCCACAAGAGUAUUGCAAGCAAUGGAGCUACACUAUAACCGGUUUAAAGAUUCCACAACCCCACCACCACUACUAACCGGUCGACCUUUCAAUUACUCUGGCCGCGCAGUAAAAGGUGAAUCGACGAUAUCAAGUGGACCGCGAAACGGACAUUCACACAUCGACGACAUGCAACUACCGCAGGAAUGGACUUAUUAAGUUCAAUGUUUGUGAUUGUUCCAAUCCAUCUUCAUCAGAAGGGCUGUUAAUAUCUAUGGAAAUAUUAUAAGCUAGAUAAAGAUAUAUUAUUCUUCAAUAAGCUAAGUAAUAAUUAAUGAGUUUGAAAGUUUGAUAUCAAUAAACAAUUACUACAAGUAAUUGUAGGAUUCAUAAAUUGUGAAUAGUCUGCUCUGCUUCAUUAUAUGAAUAAGUAAAUUGUUUUUAUUGUUAGAGUAAGCUACCAACAAACCAACUUGUGGAUGUUGUCUUUCCAUUUUACUUGUAUACAAUCUAUUUCGUACUUAAUGAAAAUUUAUUUUUCACAAGCUA